AUGGUUGAGACGGUGACCAAAAUGCCAGUAUUUACAGAAGUGAGACCCUCUCACAACGACCAGUUCUGCAGUACAUGGGGAAACUACCAUUUUAAGACUUUCGAUGGAGAUUUCUUCCAGCUUCCUUUCACUUGCAACUACAUCCUUGCGUCCCAGUGUAAGAGCAGUUAUGAGAAUUUCAAUAUUCAGCUCCAGCGACAAGAGAUAAAUGGGGUCAUCACCAUUAAGAAGGUCACUAUGAGACUGGAGGGGAUUGUUGUGGAAUUAGCCAACACUUCCAUCAAAGUCGAUGAUGAAGCUGUCACUAUACCAUUCAGCCAGGCUGGCAUUUCAAUUGAAAGAACUGUGUCAUAUGUCAAAAUCGAGGCAGAGCUGGGUUUGGUCAUCAUGUGGAAUCAAGAAGACUCUCUCUGGCUUGAGCUGGAUGCAAAAUUCAAAAAUCAGACAUGCGGCCUGUGUGGUGACUUCAACGGAGUUCAGAUUUAUGAUGAGUUCAUCAAAACAGAUACAGGGGAUUCUGUAACAACUGAAGAUUAUGGGGAGGUCUGGAAAGUCAACGGUCCCACUGAAAACUGUGAAGAAAUCUCUACAGCUAUACAGACGUGUGCAAAUCAGAAAGACCUCUGUGAGAACCUGCUGUCAGGACCUGCAUUCCUCAGCUGUCAAAACCUGAUAGAUACUGACUCCUUUAUCAAAGCCUGUGCAAAGGAUCUGUGCCACUGCAAAAGCAACAGCACUUCAUGCUUGUGUUCGACCAUCUCAGAGUACUCCCGUCAGUGUGCUCAUGCGGGUGGGAAACCACAGCAGUGGAAGACCGCACAACUGUGUGCGAGAACGUGCCCGUUCAACAUGGAGUACAGAGAAUGCAGCAGUCCCUGUACUGACACCUGCAGCAACUCCCAGAGAAGCCAGAUGUGUGAGGAUCACUGCAUAGAUGGAUGCUUCUGUCCACCUGGGACUGUCUUUGACGACAUUACGCAAACUGGAUGUGUUUCUGCUGACCAGUGCUCUUGCUUGCACAAUGGCAAGCCAUACAAAGCCGGGGAAUCAUACUCAAGGGCAUGUCAUGAAUGCACCUGUACUCAGGGUCAGUGGAGCUGUAAGGAUAUGGACUGUCCUGGUAUCUGCUCCGUACUGGGUGGCUCUCACAUCUCCUCCUAUGAUGAUAAAACAUAUACUUUCCAUGGAGACUGCACUUAUGUUCUCUCCAAGGAAACUAAUGGGACUUUCAACAUCCUUGGUGACCUGGUCAGAUGUGAAAAAUCAGACAAAUCUUGCCUGGUUGCAGUCACUCUCAUACUGUCAAAACACACGAUUAUUGUAGUUGAAGCCAGCGGACAGGUCUUUUAUAACAAGCUAAUCUCUCAGCUGCCUUUUUUCAUGGAUGACAUAACAGUCUUCAGCCCAUCGACAUUCUUCAUUGUAAUCCACACCACCUAUGGGCUUGAUCUUGAGAUUCAGCUUACACCUAUUAUGCAGGUCUACAUCAAAGCAAGUGUGUCUAAUAAGGGAAAACUCAACGGCCUUUGUGGAGAUUUUAAUGAUGUUGAAGCUGAUGACUUCAGAACCACAAAUGGUUUGAUUGAGGGAACGGCCGGGACAUUUGCCAACACAUGGAAGACCAAAACAAACUGUGCUGAUGUGACAACCAUACUAGGGGACCCCUGCAUUUUGAGCAUAGACAAGGAGAAAUAUGCCAAACACUGGUGCUCCUUGCUGUCAGACCCAAAAGGGAUUUUUGCCAGGUGCCAUUCUGAAAUAAACCCAGAAAACUAUCAAUAUUCUUGUAUUUAUGAUACUUGCGCCUGUGAAAAUAGUGAGGAGUGCAUGUGUGCUGCCAUAUCUUCCUAUGUCCAUGCAUGUGCCGCUGAAGGUGUCUUACUGAAUGGAUGGAGGGACACUGUGUGCCAGAAAUACACAAGUGGCUGCCCUUCUACUUUGGUGUAUGACUACCAGAUGAAAAGCUGUGGUCGCACCUGCCGCUCUCUUAGUCAAUCGGACUUAACAUGCGAGGUUGAAUUUACCCCACUUGAUGGCUGCGGCUGUGCUGAAGGAACUUACCAAAACGAGAAGGGAGAGUGUGUGUCAGCCUCACAAUGCUCCUGUCGUGUGGGAGACACAAUUUUGCUGCCUGGGCAGGUCAUCAGGGUCAAUGGACAAACUUGCUCUUGCCAUGGUGGAAAAGUAAGCUGCAAAGGAAGCCACAAAAAUGAAUCAUGUUCCGAUCCAAUGGUUUUCUUCAGCUGCUCCAGUGCAAAGCCAGGUGACAAGGGAUCAGAGUGCCAAAAAAGCUGCCAGACUCUGGACACAGAAUGUGUCAGUACACAGUGUAUCUCAGGCUGUGUAUGUCCUGCUGGUCUACUGUCAAAUGGUAAAGGAAGCUGUGUUGAGGAGAAGGACUGUCCCUGCACAUAUCAUGGACAAUCCUAUAAUUCUGGACAGACUGUCACUGUAGACUGCAAUACCUGCACUUGCAAAAGCAGAAAAUGGGAGUGUACGGAUCGUGAAUGCGAUGGAACCUGUACCAUAUAUGGCGAAGGGCAUUAUAUCACUUUUGAUGAAAAGAAAUUCUCCUUUAAUGGGGACUGUGGUUACAUCUUCACUCAGGAUUACUGUGGUGAUGAUACGAAUGGCACCUUCAGGGUCCUGACUAAGAGCAUCCCAUGUGGAACAACUGAAAGCAGCUGCUCCACUGCUAUCAAGCUCUACUUAGGGAACAAAGAAAUUGUUCUUUCAGAAGAAAAUGUCAGCGUUAUCAAACAAAGCAAAGGGGUGGAUAUACCCUAUCACAUCAACACUAUGGGUAUAUAUCUUGUCAUUGAGGCAAAGAAUGGUCUUGUUCUCAUCUGGAAUAAGAAGACAACGCUGAUGAUCAAACUCAGCUCCACAUUCAAGGGGAGAGUCUGUGGUCUGUGUGGGAAUUAUGAUGGGAAUAUCAAGAAUGAUUUCACCACCAGGAACAAAGAAGUUGUGGUUGAAGCCCUUGAGUUUGGAAACAGCUGGAAAUUGUCACCUACCUGCCCUAAUGCAAAAACACUAAAAAAUUCCUGCAGUCUGUACUCACAUAGGCAGGCAUGGGCAUUAAAACACUGCAGUAUUAUCAACAGUGAAGUAUUUUCUACCUGCCAUUCAAAGGUGGAUUCCCGAAACUAUUAUGAUGCCUGUGUGAGAGACACAUGCGCCUGCAAUACAGGAGGAGAUUGUGAGUGUUUCUGCUCAGCUGUAGCAGCCUACGCAGCAGUCUGUAAUAAGGCCGGAGCCUGCGUGAAAUGGAGAACUCCCACAAUUUGCCCUCUGUUCUGUGAUUAUUACAACCCUGAUGGAGAGUGUGAAUGGCACUACGAGCCUUGUGGAAAACCAUGCAUGAAGACAUGCAGGAAUCCCUCAGGAAUAUGCUACAAUACAAUCCCAGCAUUAGAAGGCUGCUAUCCAAGAUGCCCACCUGAAAGAUCUUAUUUGGAAGAAGCUACCAUGAAGUGUGUGUCAAAGGAGGAAUGUGGCUGCUAUGAUGAUCAAGGGAAGCCUUAUGAAGAAAGUGCAUUAAUGCCUCCAAAAGAAAACUGUUACAACUGUUAUUGUUCUUCAACAAAGGUGGAGUGCAGCUAUGAUGUACAAGCUUGCACUUGUUCCUAUAAAGGACGUAUAUACAAGUAUGGAGAUGAAGUCUAUAACACACAUGAUGGAGAUGGAACCUGUAUCACUGCUGUUUGUGGAAAAAAUGGAAAUAUUACAAGAAACGUAGAACCUUGCACUACAACCCCACAUACCCAGACAUCUACAACAACAGCGUUUAUUUUUAGUACAACUGCUGAGGCUCCUUCCACAACCACUGUCCAUAUACCCAGCACAAUAAAAAAAACAACCGCUGACUGCUUUGCUUGUAAGUGGUCAGACUGGACGAGCAAUCAUUACCCUGACCCUACCCCGGAAGGUGGAGAUAAUGAAACCAUACACUCAAUUACACAUCUAGAUCCGAACGUUUGCAGUAAACCUCUGGAAAUAGAAUGCAGAGCAAAACAAUACAGAGAUGUAUCUUUGAAUGACCUAAAUCAAAAAGUAUCAUGCAACACAACAGAUGGACUGAUCUGUCAUAACAAAGAUCAAGGUAUCCCUCCUAUUUGUUUUGACUAUGAAAUACGAGUCAAAUGUUGCAUUAACAUUUGUACGCCUGAAACCACAGUUACCUCUUCACCGACAACAACCCCCGGAAAAUCCACUACAACCUCAGUAACACCAACAGAAAAGAGCAGCACUAGUUCUGCCACAACCACAGAAAUACCCACAACAACCACAACCACCAAAAGACCCACAACCACUACAACACCAGCCACAGAAAAACCCACCACACCAACCACAAUUAUAGGAACUAAAAAACCCACCACAACAACUCCUGAAGUAGUUACAAAUACAGUGGGUACAACAUCGAAAUCCACAGGAAAAGUGGUUAAGAUUACAACUGCAACAACCAAAGGAAAUCCCACCACAACAGCUACAAUCACAGAAAAACCCACCACCACUACAACCACAGUCAUAGAAAAAUCUACCACAAUACCCACAGAAAAGCCCAGUACCUCAGCAACAACAGAAAAACCCAUUACCACAACAACCCCCGAAUCGACAACAGCCACAGAAAAGCCCAGCACCAAAGCUGCCACGACCACGGAAAAACCAACAGUGACGGAAAAACCCACCACCACUACAACCACAAUCACAGAAAAAUCCACCACAAUACCCACAGAAAAGCCCAGUACCUCAGCAACAACAGAAAAACCCAUUCCCACAACAACCCCCGAAUCAACAACAGCCACAGAAAAACCCAUCACAUCAACUACAAUCAUAGGAAUUUCCACCACAACAGCCAUAAUCACAGAAAAGCCCAGCACCAAAGCUGCCACGACCACGGAAAAACCAACAGUGACGGAAAAACCCACCACCACUACAACCACAAUCACAGAAAAAUCCACCACAAUACCCACAGAAAAGCCCAGUACCUCAGCAACAACAGAAAAACCCAUUACCACAACAACCCCCGAAUCGACAACAGCAACAGAAAAGCCCAGCACCAAAGCUGCCACGACCACGGAAAAACCAACAGUGACGGAAAAACCCACCACCACUACAACCACAAUCACAGAAAAAUCCACCACAAUACCAACAGAAAAGCCCAGUACCUCAGCAACAACAGAAAAACCCAUUCCCACAACAACCCCCGAAUCAACAACAGCCACAGAAAAACCCAUCACAUCAACCACAAUCAUAGGAACUUCCACCACAACAACCAUAAUCACAGAAACACCUACCACCUCAGCAAUCACAGAAAAGGCAACAACAACAAUCACAGAAAAGCCCAGUACUUCAGCAACAACAGAAAAACCCAUUACCACAACAACCCCCAAAUCGACAACAGCCACAGAAAAGCCCAGCACCAAAGCUGCCACGACCACGGAAAAACCAACAGUAACAGAAAAACCCACCACCACUACUACCACGAUCACAGAAAAAUCCACCACAAUACCCACAGAAAAGCCCAGUACCUCAGCAACAACAGAAAAACCCAUUACCACAACAACCCCCAAAUCAACAACUGCCACAGAAAAACUCACCACAACACCUGCUGACUGCUUUGCUUGUAAGUGGUCAGACUGGACGAGCAAUCAUUACCCUGACCCUACCCCGGAGGGUGGAGAUAAUGAAACCAUACACUCAAUUACACAUCUAGAUCCGAGCGUUUGCAGUAAACCUCUGGAAAUAGAAUGCAGAGCAAAACAAUACAGAGAUGUAUCUUUGAAUGACCUAAAUCAAAAAGUAUCAUGCAACACAACAGAUGGACUGAUCUGUCAUAACAAAGAUCAAGGUAUCCCUCCUAUUUGUUUUGACUAUGAAAUACGAGUCAAAUGUUGCAUUAACAUUUGUACGUCUGAAACCACAGUUACCUCUUCACCGACAACAACCCCCGGAAAAUCCACUACAACCUCAGUAACACCAACAGAAAAGAGCAGCACUAGUUCUGCCACAACCACAGAAAUACCCACAACAACCACAACCACCAAAAGACCCACAACCACUACAACACCAGCCACAGAAAAACCCACCACACCAACCACAAUUAUAGGAACUAAAAAACCCACCACAACAACUCCUGAAGUAGUUACAAAUACAGUGGGUACAACAUCGAAAUCCACAGGAAAAGUGGUUAAGAUUACAACUGCAACAACCAAAGGAAAUCCCACCACAACAGCUACAAUCACAGAAAAACCCACCACCAAUACAACUACAGUCAUAGAAAAAUCUACCACAAUACCCACAGAAAAGCCCAGUACCUCAGCAACAACAGAAAAACCCAUUACCACAACAACCCCCGAAUCGACAACAGCCACAGAAAAGCCCAGCACCAAAGCUGCCACGACCACGGAAAAACCAACAGUGACGGAAAAACCCACCACCACUACAACCACAAUCACAGAAAAAUCCACCACAAUACCCACAGAAAAGCCCAGUACCUCAGCAACAACAGAAAAACCCAUUCCCACAACAACCCCCGAAUCAACAACAGCCACAGAAAAACCCAUCACAUCAACUACAAUCAUAGGAAUUUCCACCACAACAGCCAUAAUCACAGAAAAGCCCAGCACCAAAGCUGCCACGACCACGGAAAAACCAACAGUGACGGAAAAACCCACCACCACUACAACCACAAUCACAGAAAAAUCCACCACCACUACAACCACAAUCACAGAAAAAUCCACCACAAUACCCACAGAAAAGCCCAGUACCUCAGCAACAACAGAAAAACCCAUUACCACAACAACCCCCGAAUCAACACAAGCCACAGAAAAACUCACCACAACACCUGCUGACUGCUUUGAACUUGUAAGUGUCACACCAAUAACAAACAGCACCCACAGAAAAGCCCAGUACCUCAGCAACAACAGAAAAACCCAUUACCACAACAACCCCCGAAUCGACAACAGCCACAGAAAAGCCCAGCACCAAAGCUGCCACGACCACGGAAAAACCAACAGUGACGGAAAAACCCACCACCACUACAACCACAAUCACAGAAAAAUCCACCACAAUACCCACAGAAAAGCCCAGUACCUCAGCAACAACAGAAAAACCCAUUCCCACAACAACCCCCGAAUCAACAACAGCCACAGAAAAACCCAUCACAUCAACUACAAUCAUAGGAAUUUCCACCACAACAGCCAUAAUCACAGAAAAGCCCAGCACCAAAGCUGCCACGACCACGGAAAAACCAACAGUGACGGAAAAACCCACCACCACUACAACCACAAUCACAGAAAAAUCCACCACAAUACCCACAGAAAAGCCCAGUACCUCAGCAACAACAGAAAAACCCAUUACCACAACAACCCCCGAAUCGACAACAGCAACAGAAAAGCCCAGCACCAAAGCUGCCACGACCACGGAAAAACCAACAGUGACGGAAAAACCCACCACCACUACAACCACAAUCACAGAAAAAUCCACCACAAUACCAACAGAAAAGCCCAGUACCUCAGCAACAACAGAAAAACCCAUUCCCACAACAACCCCCGAAUCAACAACAGCCACAGAAAAACCCAUCACAUCAACCACAAUCAUAGGAACUUCCACCACAACAACCAUAAUCACAGAAACACCUACCACCUCAGCAAUCACAGAAAAGGCAACAACAACAAUCACAGAAAAGCCCAGUACUUCAGCAACAACAGAAAAACCCAUUACCACAACAACCCCCAAAUCGACAACAGCCACAGAAAAGCCCAGCACCAAAGCUGCCACGACCACGGAAAAACCAACAAAAAACUCACCACAACACCUGCUGACUGCUUUGCUUGUAAGUGGUCAGACUGGACGAGCAAUCAUUACCCUGACCCUACCCCGGAGGGUGGAGAUAAUGAAACCAUACACUCAAUUACACAUCUAGAUCCGAGCGUUUGCAGUAAACCUCUGGAAAUAGAAUGCAGAGCAAAACAAUACAGAGAUGUAUCUUUGAAUGACCUAAAUCAAAAAGUAUCAUGCAACACAACAGAUGGACUGAUCUGUCAUAACAAAGAUCAAGGUAUCCCUCCUAUUUGUUUUGACUAUGAAAUACGAGUCAAAUGUUGCAUUAACAUUUGUACGUCUGAAACCACAGUUACCUCUUCACCGACAACAACCCCCGGAAAAUCCACUACAACCUCAGUAACACCAACAGAAAAGAGCAGCACUAGUUCUGCCACAACCACAGAAAUACCCACAACAACCACAACCACCAAAAGACCCACAACCACUACAACACCAGCCACAGAAAAACCCACCACACCAACCACAAUUAUAGGAACUAAAAAACCCACCACAACAACUCCUGAAGUAGUUACAAAUACAGUGGCCACAGAAAAGCCCAGCACCAAAGCUGCCACGACCACGGAAAAACCAACAGUGACGGAAAAACCCACCACCACUACAACCACAAUCACAGAAAAAUCCACCACAAUACCCACAGAAAAGCCCAGUACCUCAGCAACAACAGAAAAACCCAUUCCCACAACAACCCCCGAAUCAACCCAUUCCACCUCAGCAAUCACAGAAAAGGCAACAACAACAAUCACAGAAAAGCCCAGUAGCUUCAUGUACAAUAAGACUGAUGGAGCAGGCUGGUGUUUCACUGCAUACUGCAGUUUAACAUGCAGUGUUGAGAAGCUUGCUAGACCAUGUCACUCCACUACUCCACCAGCACCUACCACCACCACAUCAAACUCUGACUGUUCAUAUCUAAAGCCACCUAGAAAGGAUGGCGAGUCGUGGAAGCCAAACAACUGUACCACAGAAACAUGUUAUGAUGGUAGAGUAAUCACAGAACAUGUACCAUGUAAACCAGUGACCAUGCCUGUAUGUGAAAAUGGGCACACACCAGUUACGGUCUAUGAUGAAGCAGGCUGCUGUUUUCACUAUGACUGUAGAUGUGUUUGCACUGGCUGGGGAGAUCCUCAUUAUGUGACAUUUGAUGGUCAAUAUUACAGCUUCCAGCAUAACUGCACAUAUGACCUGGUCAAGGAGAUCAUUCCCCGACACAAUUUUAGGAUUAGUAUCGACAAUGAAAACUGUGGUGCCUUUGGAGCUGUGACCUGUGCUAAAGCCUUGAUCGUGUAUUACAAAGAGUAUAAAAUUAUUCUCACACAGGAGAGAAGCCCAAAGACAGUAAACAUGGUGUACAUCAACGGCAAGCAGAUAUUCCCAACCUACUCUAAUAAGGACUUCAUCAUUACAAGUACAGCAAUUGAGCUGCUUUUGAGAAUCCCGGCAAUUGACGCGGUUGUGAUGUUCAAAGGACUUUUAUUCAGCGUUGAAUUGCCAUUUUCCCUUUUCCACGGCAACACAGAGGGACAGUGUGGUACCUGUGACAAUAACAGGAAAAAUGACUGCAGGUUACCAAAUGGCCAGAUUCAUCCCUCAUGCUCUGAGAUGGGACAUUAUUGGCAUGUAUCCGAUAUUAAAAAGCCAUAUUGUAAGAACCCGCCUGUUCCAGUAACGCCAGGACCUCCACCAAUCUGCAAACCUGAUAUCUGCGAAAUUUUGAUGAGCAAGGUGUUUGAGAAAUGCCACAAGGUAAUCGCACCACACCCCUUUUAUGAGGCCUGUAAGUUUGAUGAUUGUCACGUUCCAAAUUCCAACAUGGGUUGUGCCAGUCUGGAGGCGUAUGCCAUUAUGUGUACUGAAGCAUCUGUCUGUGUAGCUUGGAGGAAUGCUACGAAUGGACAGUGUGAGUUUAAAUGUCCAGAAAAUAAAGUCUACAAGCCUUGUGGGCCAACUAUUGUAUCAACUUGCAAUGCAAGAUACAAUGAGAAGUAUGCACAACAGAUCCAGGGAGAAAAAGCCGACCAGAUUACAAAUAGUAAUCGAUUCACUGAGGGAUGCUUCUGCCCAGAGGGGAUGACUUUGUUCAGUUCAAAAUCUGAUGUUUGUGUUACCUCCUGUUGUGCUGGACCUGAUGGCAAACCUAAAGAGUUUGGUGAGACCUGGCAGAGUGGCUGUCAGCAGUGUGUUUGUGAUGAGGACACUCUGGGUGUUGAGUGUAAACCUCUCACAUGUCCCACUCAAGAACCAAUUCACUGUACCAAGGAAGGUGAGGUGUUGGUGAACCGCACAGUGGACUGCUGUGAGAGACUGACAUGUGAAUGUGAUAAGAACCGCUGCUCAAUGCCGACAAAGAAGUGUGAAACAGGAUUUGAGUUAGACGUCCACACCUCGAAUGAUAGUUGUUGCCCCUCUUAUACCUGUGUACCCAAAGGCGUCUGCGUCUUCAAUGAUACUGAAUACAAGCCCAAUAUGGAUUUCUUUUCAAGACCAUGUGAAACCUGCAGCUGUACUGAAACUCAGGAUCCCAACAGCAAGCUGAAUCUCUUUGUGUGUCAUGAGAUAUUAUGUCUCAUACAUUGUCCAGAGGGCUAUGUGUAUGAAAAAAAACCUGGACAAUGUUGUGGAUCAUGUAAAAAGACAAGCUGUAUUUUGGAGUUGCCAGGCUUCUUUCCCAUAAUUAUUCAUCCCUCUCAGUCUUGGUCACCACCAGAUGACAACUGUACCAAGUAUGACUGCCAAAAGGUGAAGGAUGAGUUUGUAGUCUCUAAAAUCCAGACAACAUGUCCUGAAUUUUAUCCAGAGAACUGCAUUCCUGGAACUGAACAAACUGAAAAGAAUGGUUGUUGCAAAACCUGUACUCCUCGUUACAGCUGUCAACUGAAAAGGAACACCACCUAUAUGCAGACAAAGAAUUGCAAGUCAGUUGUGCCAGUGGAAAUUACAUCCUGUGAAGGAUCCUGUGGAGCAUCCUCAUCAAUGUACUCUGCGGAGAGCAACAAUUUUAUGCAUUCCUGCAAAUGCUGUCAAGAAAUGGCCACCAGUAAGAAGGAGGUGGAGAUGAUCUGCUCUGAUGACAGCAGGAUAAAACACUCCUACAUUUCAGUUGACAAGUGCGGCUGCCAAGUCGCCAAGUGUACUAAGAACACCACAGACUGA